AACAUCAAGGCAGAGCCACAAGCAGAGCUGCCUGAAGCUCAGAGUGCCAUCGUGGCAGUGAAGAGGAGGCACCAGGAAGACAUGAGGAGCAUCCAAGAGGAUAUGACACUCCAUCAGCAGAAAGGAGAUGAAGAAAAUCAGAGCUACCAAGGAGCCUUGGUUCCCUUUCCUGAGAAGUGGAGCCUGUGCAAUUUCUUCAUCUCCAGCAGUGACACAGGGAAAAUGGUGAACAUGGAAAAUCCCAUGAUGGAAUACAUUGAACUGGAAAAUCUUGGCAGUGGGGCUUUUGGAGAGGUUUCUAGAGCACUUGACAUUUCCACAGAACGAGAGGUGGCCAUAAAGAAAAUCAAUCUUCAAGAACGGAUCAGGAAGGAAGCAAUUGCUUAUGAACUCAUGGUCAUGAAAAUGAAUAGGAACCCCAACAUUGUGACCUAUUUAGAGAGUUACCUUGUGGGGAAGCACCUUUGGCUGGUGAUGGAGUACAUGGACGGAGGCACUCUGAGAGAUAUCAUCAUUGAGACUCAAAUGUCGGAAGGAGAGAUUGCAGUUGUCAGUCGUGAGUGCCUGCAAGGACUGGAUUUUCUUCAUUCCAACCAUGUGAUCCAUCGCGAUGUGAAGAGCUGCAACAUCCUUCUCAGAACGGACGGCUCUGUCAAGCUGGCUGACUUUGGCCUCUCUGCUCAGCUCACCCCUGAGCAGAGUAGACAGAGCUCUGUGGCCGGCACUUCUGGGUGGAUGGCGCCUGAAGUGGUGACAGGUCAACCGUACGGCCCCAAAAUGGACAUAUGGUCUUUUGGAAUCGUGGGCAUCGAAAUGGCAGAACGAGAAGUUCCUUACUGGAAUGAAACUCCUGUCUUGCCUCAACUCCUGAUAGACAUAAGAGGGACACCAAAGCUGUGCCAGACCAACCUAUUCUCGUUUUUGCUGCGUGACUUCCUGAGCUGCUGCCUGCAGACAGACGAGGCACAGCGCUGGUCUGCUGAGGAGCUCCUGCAGCAUCCAUUUGUAACAUUAGCCGAGCCUGUGUCCAGCCUGGUGCCACUGAUCAUUUCAGAGAAGUUGAGGAAGGAGGAGAAAACACUCGGAUAA